AUGACAAAAGGAAGCUUUUCAGGUGUCCCUACAGUCGACAUAUCUCCUUACCUCGCAGAUCCCAAGUCCGAUGCCGCCCGAAAAGUCAUUGAAGAUGUGAGGGAAGCUUGCAUUUCGACCGGGUUCUUUCAAAUCACUGGACAUGGCAUCUCCAAAUCUCUGCAACAGAACAUCUUCGAUGCAGCACAUUCCUUUUUUGCUUUGCCAUUGGAAGAGAAAAAGAAGCUCAAUGCUGCAAACUUCAUUGGUCAUAGAGGGUAUGAUGUGUUGGCCAGCCAGUCCUACGAAGAAGGCGUAUUACCAGACUUGAAGGAGGGUUACUAUGUAGGUAGCGACGUCCUGCCAUCAAAUCCUUUGUACGGUCGUUUCUUCAUGGGCCAAAACGUUUGGCCCUCGACAGAAUUACUGUCCACCAUACAAUUCCAGGAACCAUGCGAGCGAUACCACGAAAGCGUCCAACGUCUUGCCUUCAAGGUUCUGCAGCUAGUAGGAGAUACAAUGAUACCCCACGGGCAUAGCACCGUUGGUAUGACAGAAAAUAUGCCAACUGUCCUGCACAAUCUAAUCAGGUUGGAUAAAAUUCCGGCAUGUCCGCUUCGCCUUCUCCACUAUCCCUCCGCCACUCGCAACGGAGGGAGUGUGACCGGCAAGCCACAGUAUGGAGCAUCGGCGCACACCGACUUUGGUGUAAUCACCCUGCUCCUCCAAGACGACAAUCGUGGCCUCGAAGUUCUGGUCGAAAAAGACGGAAAGCAGGUGUGGUGGCCCAUUGACCCGAAUCCUAGUGCCUACGUGGUCAAUAUAGGAGAUAUGAUUAGCAUGGUUACCAACGGCAUUUAUAAAAGCAGCAUGCAUCGCGUUGUAUGCAAACGGCCAGAAAGAGAGAGAUAUAGCAUUGUAUUCUUCCUCGAUGGCUGUCUAAACGCAAAUCUGGAGCCAGUAGAGGGAUUUGGGCACCCAGAAGAAGGCGUUGGAUUCUCUCACAAAACGGUGGAACAGCAUAUGACUGAACGGUUAUCGAUGAGCUAUGCGAAGGAGGGUAAGGAUCCAAGGCAUAACGAGGAUACCUUCAGUGCAUGA